AUGUUUAAGGGAAUCCUCGACCAGCGCACGGUUGACGAUGAAUGGUUGAAGCCGCCACCAGAGAUUAACCCGAAAUUGGUUUUGGAUCAUGAGAAGCCACCCCUUUCAACUCUUAUCAGUGCCCACGACUUUGAAGUGGUUGCAUCGAAAACAGCGCCUCGCAAAACUUGGGCUUUUUAUUCGAGUGCGGCAAACGAUCUGAUCACUCGCGAUGCCAAUAAAUCAUUUUUGGACCGGAUUUUCAUGCGACCCCGGGUUCUACGGAAUGUUAGGGAAGUAGACACCCGCACCAAAAUUCUUGGUUGCGAUGUAGAUAUGCCGCUAUUUGUGAGCCCUUCUGCAAUGGUCAAGCUUAUGCACCCGGAUGGUGAACUCGCAAUCGCGAGGGCUUGUGACAGCAGGAACCUGGUCCAGGGCAUAUCGAACAAUGCAUCUUAUCCGAUGAAGGAUAUCACAGCCGCAGGGCCUGGAACGGACUACUUCUUUCAGCUCUACGUGAACUGGGAUCGCGCGAAAUCCGAAGUGCUGCUUCGGGAAUGUUCUGCGAACCCACGCAUCAAGGCCAUAUUCAUCACGGUUGAUGCAGCGUGGCCAGGGAAGCGUGAAGCCGACGAGAGAGUCCGGGCAGACGAAGGGAUUACGGUUCCGAUGGCGGACGCCGAAACGCGAAAUGAUGAAAAGGGCGGCGGAUUGGGCCGCGUUAUGGCAGGCUGCAUCGACCCCGGCCUCACCUGGGCCGACCUUGUCUGGGCACGACGCCAUACUCACCUUCCACUUAUUCUAAAAGGAGUGAUGAGUGCCGAUGAUGCAAUUUUGGCGAUGGAGGCGGGCAUGGAUGGAAUUUUGCUCAGCAACCACGGCGGGCGCAAUCUCGACACGAGUCCUGCGUCUAUCAUCACGCUCCUUGAGCUGCAUAAGCGUUGCCCGGAGGUCUUUGACAAGAUGGAGGUGUAUGUGGACAGCGGGAUUCGCCGCGGGACCGACAUUCUCAAAUGUCUUUGUCUGGGAGCGACGGCUGUUGGAAUGGGCAGAAGCGUGCUCUUUGCAUCAAACUAUGGACAAGAGGGGGUGGAGCAUUUGCUCGAUAUCAUGAGAGACGAGCUUGAAGGUGCCAUGAGGCUUGUGGGCAUCACGUCUAUCAACCAAGCUGUUCCUGAGCUGGUUCACACAGGCGAUAUUGACCAUCUAGUCCCCGAUUCUGCGAAUCAUCCAUAUGCUAGGAGUCUUUCUAGCCGUCGGCCUCCUUCUAAGCUGUGGAACGGAAGUCCAGUCAAAGCUAGAUUGUAA